UUCUGGGAGUUGAAGUCUAAAGAACCCUGCAGGACCUGGACGGCUAGAGGAGGGCGCUUCUAUGAAGGGUGUCAGCUGUAUCUCACAGGAAUCGAUACGGAGGCACUUGUUUCUGGUCUAGGGCAUAGUUAGCCAUAGAGGCAGCUUGGCCAGAGAGGCGAUGGCAAGGAGGCUGUGCUAUGCUGUAUAGAAGAAAUGGCACAAGAAGCAAACAUUUAACAUUAGAGUCUUUUCCUCACUCCAGCCACAACCAUGCCCUUUUCUGACUUUGUUGUGACUCUGAAAGACAACCCAUACUUUGGGGCAGGCUUUGGCUUGGUUGGUGUCGGCACGGCCCUGGCCCUGGCCCGGAAGGGAGCCCAAUUGGGGAUGGUGGCCUUUAGGCGGCAUUGCAUGAUCACUCUGGAGGUGCCAAGUAAGGACAAGAGCUACCACUGGCUGCUGAACUGGAUCUCUCACCAUGCCAAGCACACGCAGCACUUAAGUGUGGAGACUUCAUACCUGCAGCAUGAGAGUGGUCGUGUCAGUACCAAGUUUGAUUUUAUCCCCAGCCCGGGGAACCACUUCAUUUGGUAUCAAAGGAAGUGGAUCCGGAUAGAACGGAACAGGGAGAAACAAAUGAUUGACCUGCAUACAGGCACCCCCUGGGAGUCUGUCACUUUCACAGCGGUUGGCAAUAAGCGAGAGAUUUUCUUCAACAUCUUGCAGGAAGCUAAGGAAUUGGCUCUCAGGCAACAAGAAGGGAAGACAGUCAUGUACACAGCCAUGGGUGCAGAAUGGCGGCCAUUUGGUUUCCCACGACGCCGGCGGCCCCUCACCUCCGUGGUCCUUGAGGAAGGGGUGUCAGAGAGGAUUGUGCAGGAUGUGAAGGAGUUCAUUGGCAACCCCAAGUGGUACAUUGAUCGAGGAAUCCCCUAUCGGAGAGGGUAUUUGCUGUAUGGGCCCCCAGGCUGUGGAAAAAGCAGUUUCAUCACAGCUUUGGCUGGGGAAUUGCAGUACAGCAUCUGUCUCCUGAGCCUGAGUGAUCGCAGCCUCUCAGAUGAUCGUCUCAACCAUUUGCUGAGCGUAGCUCCUCAGCAAAGCAUUAUCCUCCUGGAAGAUGUAGAUGCUGCCUUUGUUGGUCGGGAUCUUGCCGCUGAAAAUCCCAAUGCAUACCAGGGCAUGGGACGCCUGACUUUCAGUGGUCUUCUCAAUGCGUUGGAUGGUGUUGCUUCCUCUGAAGCCAGGAUAGUAUUUAUGACCACCAAUUAUGUAGACAGGCUGGAUCCAGCCCUGGUUCGCCCUGGCCGGGUUGAUCUGAAGCAGUAUGUGGGGCACUGCUCCCAGUGGCAGCUUGGACGCAUGUUCCAGAGGUUCUUCCCCGACCAGCCAGCAGCAAUGGCUGAGCAGUUUGCUAUGCAAGCUCUCUCUCUCUCCAAUCAAAUUAGUGCCGCCCAAGUACAAGGCCACUUCAUGUUGCACAAGGCAGAUCCAGACGGAGCUAUUCAGAAUGUGAAGACUCUCAUAUCCUGACACUGAACCAGCAAAGAGAAAACUUUACAUAAGGCAUGUCUGGGGGCAGUAAAGAGGCAUGCUGAUUGUGAGGAUGUAUCUACCUCAAUGAGGUUAUCUUUUUGUAAAGAAAAUAAAGGCUAUACAGAGCUAUUCCCAUUCAUCCACUGCUUAAAAUAAAAUCAUUGAAACUUGGA